AUGGCGGACAAUAUUGAGAAAAGUAAGAAGCGUAAGAAGAACGCCGAUGGUUCUUCGAGACCCAGCAAAAAAGUGGCAAUCGAAGAAGACAGAAAUGUUCAGAUUUCCUUAAUGGAUGGUGAUGAAUGGGCUCCUAUAAUUGCAUCCACUCCUGGACUUGCUAUGCCGGCAUCUAUAUCUCUUCAACCAUUAACAAAGCAUCGCAAGAAUGCCCCUCAACGACCAGGACGAAGCGGAGCGAUUGCUACAACAGAAGUCCUCCUUCAUUCCUCAGAACAUCCGAAACUUGACUACACUGCGCGGGAGGAAGAAGCGGGUGGUUCUGAUACAUUAUUGAAGCAUUAUGUCGGUGUGUACGAUCCAAAGACUGGAAAAUUAGAGGUUAUGGAAGCGCGAAAGAUGGUGGUUCGUGGGAGCGUUAGAGCGCACCAAGCUACGGAGGCUGAAUUUGCCAAACAUACUAUCCGAGAGCUUCGCAAUGACCUUGGAGAGACUUUCGGUACUAAGAAAGCGAAGAAAGCCAUUGCUUCCGUUACCGAGAAUGCCAUCUCAGCGAACAGAGGCUCAAGAUUACUCGCGGACGGUGCCAAGCCAGCGAAGUUGGAUGCUACAAAAUCUGCCAUCAUUGCAUCCAUGGCAGAAGCUACAUCUGGCAUGGCAUCUAGAAAAGACCUGGAGGAACAAGCAGACGCAGCCAAACCACGACCAAAAGCAGACCUUACCGCGAAAGAUAUCAAGGAUGUGUAUACGGUGGACAGCCUCAUUGGAAGUGAUAUUUUCAAGUCUGUACCGGUCUUGGAAUGGGAACAAUCAGUCAAAGCAAAGAAGAACAUUACGACCAACUCGAGAUAUGUGUCGGCCAGAAUCGUCUCUGCAGCUACUGCAGGUGUUAAUAAGCUCAGAGUCUUACGAUACCUCCUUCUUUUGUUAGAUUUACACAUGGCUUCACGACCAAUGCGAGGUGGAAGAAUGCUGCCUAAGCGCGAGGAAAUGAAAACAAAGUUGGGUGACAAUAUACCGCAAUGCGUCAUUGAAGAUGUGCGACGCAAAUACUCAGAUGCUGGAGUCAUGUCAAAAUUCAAGUCUGAUCUACUCAUCACCCACGCAUGUGCAUUAGCAUGUCUGGUUGAUAAUUAUGAAGUUGAUUUGUAUGAUCUUCAGCUGGAUUUGAAAUUAGAGACAAAGGAGAUGACUCAAUAUUUCAAGGAGAUUGGUGCGAGAGUUGUGGGACUUCCGGAGGCGAGGAGGAAGGCAUUAGAUUUAGACAAGGCGACUGCCGCACAAAGGAGGACAGCGAAGUUGAAGUUGCCAUUAGAUUUCCCAAGAGUGCCAUUUGGAAGGAGAGGAUAAAAAUGAGUUGGGAGUAGGCUAGGCUGGUGACUAUUAUUGGCGAAGCGGAGUAGUUAGGAUCUUGGUUUUAAUACUGAAAUUGAAGAUGACGAAUUCUAUGGCAAUUGAUAGUAAAGAUACUGGUUCGUUUUUAUCCCUCAACUUUGAUUGAAACAAUAACU